AUGAUCCGCGUCUUUGCGAAAACCGAUGUGCCAGUGAUGGACAUCAUCGAGCUGCAAGGCAAGAUCGUCAUCACAGAGGAGGCACUGAGGGCCGCACGAGACGCCAAGGAGCGGCGACGUGCGUCACGGCGUGAGCGGCGCAGGAGGGGGGCAGCCAAUAGCGACACCGCGGUAGGAGAGGACGCCAGCGGCACGGGCGACGAUCUCAUGCCUCUCUCUUCGGCCCCGUCGUCAUCGUAUCCCUCCUCCAGCUGCAGCAGCAGUCGCUCUAGUAACAGCACCGGUGGCGAUGAUGACGACGAGGGCGGAGAUCGUGCCACGGCAGAUCCCGGCGAGCUCGUAGAUGUCGUGAUGCCCUGGUAUACUUCACACAAUAGCGGCGAGCAGCGCGGCGCUGCAGACUCGACAAGUACAGCUGCAUCAGCGCUGCGUGGCACAUCGUCCCCAGGCUGCCCUUCUCCCGCCAGCCCUCGACGGCCGCGACCGAAUUCGCCCACCGCCUCCCGUUGCGCCGCCGUCGUGGAGGUGCCGCUCGGCCACGUGGAGCAGGACCGCCUCGACGAGAAGCGAUGCACCCUCUGUAUCGAAACGCUGCGGGUGCACGGCAGCCGGUCCAGCUUCAAGCGCCCGUGGCUUGUACUGCGGGAGUGCACGCCUGCGCGUAUGCGAAAGCUGCGUCGGCAGAUGGCACGGUCACAGAUAUCGCGUGAUAUCACAGAGCCGCGCGAGCUGCUGGCGACAGGGGAUGGUGGUGGUGGUGGUGGUGGGGGUGCAGGAGUCGCGGAGCCGGCCGAUGGCGCGUCAUCGUCACCGACGUCGGAGACAACAAUACUGUUCUCAGAGUGGCUCGGGCAGCACCCAGAGGCGCUCUCCCUCAACUCGCUUUUUCUCGACGACUUCGCUACCGGUGACGGGGACGACGUGAGCACACGCAGGCCGACUGCAGCCGAUCCCGCAUGUGCUGCGUUGGCAUCGGCGUCUUCGGGGAGAAGCGGUAACGGUGUCGGGGCACGCAAGCGCCCUCGCGAGGCGGAAAAUGUCGAGGGUACCGUACUGGGCGGCCCACCGUUUUCACCUCAGUUGCCACAGAGCGCCUCCGACGUCCCCUCAGCGGCACAGACGACGAGAGCGACGGCGUACAAAGACUACGAACUGGUCGGCGUUGUGCGCGGCUCCGUCCUGUUCAAUUCUAAGCCGGCGCGUGUCUUUCAGUGA